AUGGCUACCGACGGCGUUAUGGAGCGCGAACGUGCGUUGAACACAUUCAGGGAGAAGCUAUUGGAGUCUAGAGAAUGGGAGGCAAAGCUCAAGGCUUUACGGUUAGAAAUUAAGGGAUUGCAGAAGGACUUCGACCAUACAGAGGACAAUAUCAAAGCCUUACAAAGUGUUGGACAAAUUAUCGGCGAGGUUUUGAAACAACUUGAUGAUGAGAGAUUCAUCGUCAAAGCAUCAUCUGGACCCAGAUACGUUGUCGGCUGCAGAUCGAAAGUUGAUAAGCUGAAGUUGAAGCAAGGAACCCGUGUAGCACUCGACAUGACUACUCUCACAAUUAUGCGAAUGUUACCUCGAGAAGUCGAUCCACUUGUUUAUAACAUGUCUUUGGAAGAUCCAGGACAAGUGAGCUUUGGUGGAAUUGGUGGUUUGAAUGAACAGAUUAGAGAAUUGAGAGAAGUUAUCGAACUGCCACUCAAAAAUCCGGAAUUGUUUUUGAGAGUUGGUAUCAAGCCUCCGAAGGGUGUUUUGUUAUAUGGACCUCCAGGAACUGGAAAGACUUUGCUAGCAAGAGCUGUUGCCAGCAGUUUGGAGACAAACUUUUUAAAGGUUGUCUCAUCUGCUAUCGUCGAUAAGUACAUUGGAGAAUCUGCCCGUUUGAUCAGAGAGAUGUUUGGUUAUGCCAAGGAACACGAGCCAUGUAUUAUCUUCAUGGACGAAAUUGAUGCCAUCGGCGGACGUAGAUUUUCGGAGGGAACUUCGGCAGAUCGUGAAAUUCAGAGAACCUUGAUGGAACUGUUGAAUCAACUCGAUGGUUUCGAUUACUUGGGAAAGACAAAGAUUAUUAUGGCUACUAACCGUCCAGAUACCCUUGAUCCUGCGCUUCUCAGAGCUGGUCGUCUCGACAGGAAGAUCGAAAUUCCUCUGCCAAAUGAGGUCGGGCGAUUGGAAAUUAUGAAGAUUCAUGCUUCCAGCGUUGUUAUUGAUGGUGAGGUCGACUUUGAAAGUGUGGUAAAGAUGAGUGAUGGUUUGAACGGUGCAGAUUUACGAAAUGUUGUCACAGAAGCUGGUUUAUUUGCUAUCAAGGAUUACAGAGAUGCCGUCAACCAGGAUGAUUUCAACAAAGCUGUUCGUAAAGUGGCAGAAUCAAAGAAAUUGGAAGGCAAGCUGGAAUAUCAAAAACUAUGA